UCUGGAACCCUGAAGCGCGUGGUGCGCUUGGUAGCCAUGGCAGAGAUGGUAGAUCCUGGUGAUCCAUUUGAUGUGCAAGAGGCAAUCUUGCUUGAAGGAGAAGAUGAAGAAACAUUCAAUCGACUUGUCCAGGAAUUGGAGCUUCGACCGCACCUGGCAUUCCCUUUGGCUCAGUGGAUGAUCCCUCAAUUGACCUUUGCACCUUCAAGUGCUGUGAGUGGUGCCGGAUCCCACCGUUUCAUCGGGGUCAUCCACUUCCAGCAUCAGAAAGGGUUCAGCUUCAUUCGCUCGAGGGAAGCAACAGAGGCUUUCGGCAUGGACGUCUUCCUACAUUCUUCUCAAAAGGGAGAUUUCAACUUGAAUGAUCAGGUCUGUUUCGCUGUGCUGCUGAACAAGGAUGGAAAGCCUCAGGCUUUCGACUUGACGAAGCCCACAGAAACAGACAUUGCGCGAUGGGGUCAUGCACCGAAAACAGUGGAGGGGUGGGUUCCAGCAAGCGACAGCUGGGAAGAGCCUCAGAAGGGCCUGAACGAGGAGAAGGUUCAAACUGGAGAAGGAGAGGGCAGAUAUACCGGAACGAUCUCCGCCUUCAAGCCUUCACUGUACGGCUUCAUAAAGUGUGCAGAGAUUUUCGCGCAAACCCAAAAUGAUGUUUGGGUCCAUCACAAGCAGAUCCAGGAUUUCAAAGUUGGUGACAUGGUGACAUUCACCGCCAUCGCCAACAAGAAUGGUCAACCGCAAGCUAUUGAUCUGCAAGCAGCUGUGCAAGGUCAAGUUGUACCUGCGCGAGCUCCUCCCAGGGCUCAGACAGUGCCACCGAAAGAACCACCAAAGCAGGUGCCGCCAAGACAUGGCUUUGCAGUGACUGCGAAACCUGCAGGUGCACCUCAGGCAACUCCGAUUGGUGCGCGGAAAAGACCCGCCGACUAUUCGCCUCCUGAAGCUGACCCGACUGACCCGACUGGGUUAGUUGGGAGCCGCCAGUGUGGAACCAUCACAGCUUGGAGGCCAGGAGGCAAGUACGGAUUCUUGAAGUGUGAAGAGACCUUUGCAGUAUUUCACAAGGAUUGCUGGGUACAUCAUCAACAGAUUGGUGGAUUCAAUGAAGGCGACACGGUCAGCUUUACGGUUGUCAUGAACAAGGAGGGCAAUCCUCAGGCUAUCGACUUGCAGGCUGAAGACAACAAACGCGUUCGGCAAUGACGUCUCAAAUGAAAAAGAGAAGCCGAUAACUUGGUAAUGG